UUUACACAAUGACGUUUUCUCAAUAUUAUUACGUUUUCGUCAAUUUAGAUUUGUUGCAUGCGCUGAUGUCGAAAAAAUGUAUCGACAAAUUAAUAUUCAACCCGAUCAAAGAAAUCUACAAUUAAUUCUGUGGCGUGAAAAUAAAUCGGACGAUCUCGGUGUAUACCAACUUAAUACCGUGACGUACGGUACCGCGUCCGCUCCUUAUCUAAGCAUUCGAUGCAUAAAACAGAUGGCGUCCGAGUGCAACGAUGACGUAAUAAAGCAGAUAAUAGAUGAAGAUUUUUUUGUAGACGAUUUGAUAACAGGACAUGAUAACAAACAAGUUUUAUUAGACAUUUGUACCAAAGUUAGUGACGUUUUAAAAUCAGGUUGCUUUCAUUUAAGAAAAUGGAUGUUUAAUUCAGAAAAUUCAGACACAGAGCAAACAAAAGAACUAUUGUUAGGUGAGAAUUGUUUAACUAAAACUUUAGGUAUCGGUUGGCAAAAUAAUUUAGAUUUAUUAUAUUUCACUACAAAGAUCGAAAAUAACGUGACUCAUGUCACUAAGCGCGUUAUUUUAUCUGUUAUUUCUCAGGUUUACGAUCCUUUAGGAUUGUUAGCACCUUCAAUUAUAAUCGCAAAAAUACUUUUACAAAAAUUGUGGCUUUGUAAAUUAAGUUGGGAUGAGCCUGUACCUAACAAUAUUCUGUUAAUAUGGCAACGUUUUAUUCAUACGCUUCAAUAUUUACAAAAUAUAAAAAUUCCUCGCCAUGUAAGAGGAUUAGAUGUAACAUACACAGAUUUACAUAUAUUCACGGAUGCGUCACAAGAUGCAUACGGUGCAUGCGCAUACAUUAGCACGUAUAGCGACAAUAUACCGGUGACAGUAAGACUGCUUUGUGCGAAGAGUAAGGUAGCACCGAUUAAACCAGUUACUAUCCCGCGACUUGAGUUAUGCGGCGCUUUAGUUGGCGCCAAAUUAUACCAAAAAAUAAGUAAGUCAUUAAGAUUAACAUUUGACAAUGUAUACUUUUGGUCUGACUCAACUAUUGUCAUAAAUUGGAUUAAAAUUUCACCUAAUUUAUUAAAACCGUUCGUUCAAAACAGAGUAGUACAGAUUAAUGAGUUGACUGGUGAAUUGCCGUGGUUACAUGUUGCUGGUAAAGACAACCCGGCUGACCUUUUAUCACGUGGAGUCACGCUUGAUAUACUCCAACAUUCGGAUAUUUGGUGGCACGGGCCAGCAUUUUUAAAUGAUAAUAAAUCAAAUUUUACUCGCAAUAACAACGAAAUUAUUGAUUUACAAAAUUUACCAGAAAUAAAAUCAAACAUUAAUUCAUUAUUUACACAAUCAAGUGAGACUAGUAUUUUUAAUUUUGAACGUUUUUCUAAUUUUAGUCGAAUGAGACGUGCCGCAGCUUAUUUGUUACGAUUCAUUCAUAAUUCGCGCCUUAGUGAUGAGUCACAGCGUAACUUCGGCCCGCUCACGUCUGAUGAAUUAAAUAAAGCAACUUUAGUUUUGGUUCGCAUAACACAACAGAUGUCGUUUCCGGAUAUUAUCAAUGCGUUAGAUAAUAACUUAGAAAUUAAGUCUAUGAGAAACAUAUCUAGUCUUAAUCCAUUUCUAGAUUCCGAUCGCAUUAUUAGAGUAGGAGGUAGAUUAGUGAACUCGGAAACAUUUUCUUAUAAUAAAAAACAUCCGAUAUUGUUAUGUUCUAAACACACAUUUACUCGCUUGUUAUUUGAAUUUGAACAUAAACGUCUACUCCAUGCUGGUCCUCAGUUGCUUUUGGCUACUGUAAGGGAUAAUUGGUGGCCACUCAAGGGUCGUGACUUAGCCAAGCAGACAGUGCAUAAGUGCGUUACAUGUACUCGUCAGAGAGGAAAGGCCUUAUCAAUAAAAAUGGGUAACUUACCAAUCGAAAGAUUAGAGCCGGGGUAUCCAUUUAUACGUUGCGGUGUGGAUUACGCAGGACCGAUGGUCAUAUUGAAUCGCAAGGGAAGAGGUUCGAAACUCGAAAAAUGCUAUAUUUGUCUAUUUAUAUGUUUCACAACUCGGGCAGUGCACUUAGAGUUAGUUACGAGUCUUAGCUCUGAGGCGUACUUAAUGGCUUUAAAAAGGUUCUUAUCUCGUCGUGGUAAACCUGCGCAGAUCUUCUCAGAUAACGGAAAAACAUUUGUAGGCGCAUCAAAGGAAUUUUCAAAAUUUUUAACUACAUGUGAAAAGGAUAUUUUAAAUUUCGCUUCAAAUGAAAACAUUAAGUUUAGUUUUAUUCCUCCAUAUUCACCACACUUUGGUGGUUUAUGGGAGGCAGGGGUCAAGUCGGUCAAAUACCAUCUUCGACGUGUAGGGAAUGUAAACCUUAUUUAUGAGGAAUUUUCUACAUUAUUAACACAAAUUGAAGCCAUCCUAAACUCCAGACCCAUGUAUCCCAUGUCUUCUGACCCAAACGACCUACUUCCUCUCACACCAGCCCAUUUCCUGAUUGGCCGACCGCUCGUUUCACCUGCAAGCGAAGAUCUCACAGCUGCAAACACUUCACGCCUGGUCCGAUACGAGCGCAUCGAGCAACUACGUCAGAACUUCUGGAAACGCUGGUCGCAGGAGUACAUUGCUGAGCUCCAGACUAGGACUAAAUGGCAGAACAACACCGACACCAUAGUACCCAACACUUUGGUACUCAUCAAAGAUGAAAAUGCGCCACCACUCAAAUGGCGCCUUGGACGAGUCAUACGCACUUUCCCUGGAAAGGAUGGACUGGCACGCAUAGCUGACAUUCGAACAGCUAACGGAGUGAUACAAAGAUCGUACCCCAGGAUAUGUCCACUUUUUAAGGAGGAGUAUGAAUCAUAACUUCUCAUUCUUCUUCUUUCAUCAUCGUUGGAGGCAUUUGCUCCAAGGCGGGGGGCAUGUCUACGCAUCACUCGUGACUAGCUUCAGGGAUCAUAUACGGACAUCCUAUUCGUCGGCGCGCAACGAUGUUUUUGCAUUAACACCACUACGGGGCGCCACUACUUCUAUCACUUAACGACUACCAUUCUUAAUACUUAACGUUGUUUGGUCAUUAUAAAAUUUGUAAAACUUUAAUUACACGAAAAUAAGCUAUCUGAAGAAGUUUCAUUUUA